GAGCACUUCGACAGAGGGCACAUGUCUCUCGAGGAUAUCAUCGUCCGAUUGGGGCAGCUCAUAUGCCGUUGGGCCAUCAGUCAGGAGCCACCCUAUGCGCUGCACAUCGGUGUGCACAGUGGCAUUGUUCGGAAGCUCGUUCUCCGAAGCGGCGGAGAGGCCGUCUACGGUGAGGCCGUCUCGGAGGCCAAGCGCUUGGCGGAUUUGGCUCCACAGGACUCGUGCGUCCAGAUCCUCAAGUCGACGAAGGACAAGCUGAAUGUCUUGGAGCGCUUGCCGUUUACUUGCUCAAGAGUGAAUGACUGCUACUACUUGGAGCCUUCUGCGGAGCUACCAGAAGAGGCUCCGCCUUCCGCGGGCUAUGAGUCUUUGUCGCCGACAAGUGGUGGGAAGCAUUGCACCGCGGAGUUCAGGCAAAUGUUGGUCGAUCAUGGCAUCGACAUCUCCAAGUUUGGCAAGGGCCAGGCGAAGACCCUCGACGAGCUGUACCGCAAUGUAGAGGUCGAGAAGAAGUCCUACUUCGUCAAGAAGAACGACUCUUUGGAGAGGCGGAUGGAGCUGGUCAACAUCAGCCUCACUGUCACUGGCCAAGACGGGCACGACAUGGAGUUGAGGCUGAACUGCGAGGUUCUGAAGGACAGCACCCUGGUCAGGAGAAACCAGAGGCCCUCCUCGUUCAUUGAGGAAGGAUCUGGCUGGAAGUCGGCCGUGGAUGCGUUCUUUGCGUCCCGGCUUGGCUUACCUGCGGAGAUUCGACAGGAGCUGUUGGCUCAGGACAACGUGGUCACAGACAAGGUCGAGCGAAUCAAGUCGAUGUUUUUCCCCGGUGUGGAGACAAUGUACACGACGUACGAUGUCUGCAUCCACAUACCGGAUCCCACACGGCCUUCGCUUCGAGCUAUCGGCCUGCCAGAUAUGACCAGCUUCGAUACUGAAGCCAUUCCCGUAGCGAACCUUCCCAAGGCCAAUUGGUCCUGGCGCCGGCGAGGCGAGGAGUUGAGCAACGAGGAGGCCUUGGAGCGGCUGCUGCAGGAACACGGUAUCGACACCAACGAUUAUCCGCCUGGCGCGACCGCAGAGCUUUGCGACGAGCUCUACGAGUCGCGAUAUGCCACGCUGAAUAUUCGGGCUGGCCACCUCGUUCGCAACAUCCAGAUCAUCAAGGUUUGGCUAUGCGCGACCAUCCUCAGUGUGGAUUACGUCCUUCGCUCCAAAGGCAAGAUGCAGUUUGGAAAGCGAGAGCGCAACCACAAGGAAGGUCCUGUGACGAUGCGCAUGCGGUCCGACCAGGACUGGAAGGCCGCGGCUCUGGCCUGCCUCUACGGCAAGCUUGGGAUGGAUGAAGCUUUUGUAAAGUCGCAUCUGGUCAUCGUGGAUUCCUCAUAUCGGUUGGACGAGGAGGUGGAGUAUUCCAGAUCAUAUCCUGGGCUCAAGACCGUGUACAAUAUCCAUACCGUCAAAUGCCGGGUCAAAGAUGUGGACAACCCGGAGAUGUCAUUUAUUGGGCUGCCGGAAGGUAAUGACUUUGCGGUCACUCGGGUUAGACAAAGUCUGCGACCCUCGAAAACUGGCCGAGAGGGCGUUGUGUCGACGCUCUGGUUUUGGAAACCUAGGAAUCAGCUCACUGAAACCGGUGACCUGUUGUAUUUCCAGAAAAGUUUCACUAACGAUCAGCACAAAGACCAUGACACGGAGGAUUGCACGCCCGUGGCGAAGCGCCAAUUGGAUCUGCCCAUGGUCCUCGAGGUGACGGUCUCUGACGAAGAUGGCGACGAGUACAGGCUUGUCGUCGCCGAGCUCAUGAAGGGGAGGACCACGAACUGGUCCCGAGCCCGGCGAGCUGCCAAGAGGAUGCUGGAUCCAACAUACGGCCUCAAGAGCUUCUACGACGACUGCUUGGCAUCCUUUCCCGAGCUGCUGCUUUACGGGGCAGACGACGGGGGUCUGGUUAGCAGUGGCCGAAGCUCCAUGGAGGAGUACCAGCGCACGAUGGGUGCACUCUUUGCGGUCUUCUGGUUCAUGCGGCGGAAGAUGGGUGGUGCCGAGUCGUUCUGCUUCGGCGUGGAUGAUGAGUGGGAGCCACUGAAUGCUCGGUCCAAGCAACCUCGACGCAAGAAGGAGGAGAUCGCGAAAAGGCAGACUUUCUUCAACGAGGUUGAGUGGGAGAGGAUAGACGAGCUCUUGCACGACGCCGGUCUUUUGUGCGAUGGUGUGGAAGGUCAUGACGAGGAGCGCGUCCUCGCAAUGCUAGUGUUGACAGCCAUCCACGACAUCAUGAAGCUCGUGCCGUUGUUGCCGACGGUGGCGCCGGACCAUGCGCCCUACCGCGGCUACAAGGUGGGUGAGACGAUUCAUGACCACGACAUUGCGCUCAGCUAUGUCUUGGACCAUUACUCCUAUGCCUUGCCUUCCUAUCACGAGCUGUCGAAGAAACAGCAGGACUCCAUCCGUUUCACCCAAUGCAAGAUGGAGUACAACAUGGGCUGGCUGGUUCAGGCCGAGGGCAUGGGGGAAGGCGCCGCACCGGCCGCAAUUUGCAAAGACUCUGUGAUACGAUUGAGCGUCCUAUCGCAGUUUUUGCCUGAGCGGCCCCCAUUGCCUCCUCCGAGCCUCUUGGACGGCUUCCCGGACCCGCAGCGCGUGGAUGCGAGGAAGCAGGAGUAUCUCAAAGCCUUGCAGGAGCAGGUUCGCCAGCGUGUGGCGACGUUGACGCAGCGGCAUCAGGCCAACUUGGAGUACCUUCGGGCGAAGAACGACCAGUGCAAGAGGCAGGCACGUGCGACGAUUGACCAGGAGCUUCUGAAGCAAGAGAUGGAAGUCGAUCGACGCCACGACGAGCAGCUUCUGGCGCUGCAGCAGGCAGCCAUGCGCAGGAAGUUCAACAUCUCAAAGGAAGCUGGGGAACUGACCCUGCAGUAUCAGACCAAGGCGACACAGGAGAAGCUGCAACAUCUGGAUUUUGAGCUACACCGACGCUACUUCGAUGCGGCGGCCAAGCCCACUGACUGGACGCAGGCGCAGGUCGCUGCUGCCUCUCCACCCCUGCUGCCGCCGCCCCCAGGCGGUUUCUCUUCGCCGCUGUCUGUGGCGGGGUUGGAGCCUGCUUCGCCCACGUCACCGGCCCGGAAGACGCCGGGGACGCUCUACGUCUCCAUCCAGGCGGGCCACAAUUUGAUGAAUCGGGACACUGGCAUCUUGGGAGAUGUCUCAGAUCCAUAUGUCGUGGUCAAGCUUGGUCGGCAGGAGUUUACCACGCCGGUCAUCAACAAUGACCUGAAUCCUGUAUGGCACGUGGACAACAAGUUCACUCUGCAGGUGGACAAAGAGAGCUUGUUGGAGCUGGAAGUAAAGAACUCGACGCUCUGCGGAACUUUGGGCACGAGAGUAAAAUGUAAAAUUUCUUUCAGAUCUUGCAGGCAAGAACCGUGUUCAUACUUACAGAAAUGGAACUCACGGUUCACACUUCUAUACAUGCACAGACAGACACACAUGCAUGUGCGCACACUUGCCACGAGGUGUCGCCAGAUCUGUAAGAAUCACUUGUGUGCAAUCAGCAUUCAGGUGCAGCAACGGUGUAAACAGCGAGGGCAAUCAAUGUACAGCGAAGAUUCUGGCUGCAAUUGCGUAGAAAUCAUCGCGGCAGGUACGUCUGGCUGA